GUCGCUUGCUAAUUGUUGGUAAUUGGAAAUACAGUCCCCACUGUUCAGGGCUAUUGGUUACUUACCCCCUUCUAGUCCUCGAUGCGUCGUUGACCAAGGUCUCCCUUAAGCUUCCACAACGAUGUCCUCCCAAUUCCCAGUCUCCAGCGAAUCUCCCCCUAGCAUACCCUCGUCCUCCCAGUCCUUCUCCGUCACACCCGACCUUCCCACUCAGGCACUAGUCCCCGUUCAAAGCACUUCCAGGCGAGAUACUCGAAAAAAGAAGAAACCAAGCACCGAAGAACAACGGGCCACCCAUAAUGCUGUCGAAAAGGCUCGGAGGGAGAAUUUGAAUGAAAGCUUUUUAGACCUGGCUAAACUUAUCCCGUCGAUCGCACAACAUCGGAAACCCUCCAAAGCUCUAAUCAUCACUUCAUCCAUCUCCUACCUUCAUGCGUCCCGUCGCCAUCGAGCUAUGGCCGCUCGUGAGCUCAGGUCUUUACAUAUGGAAGCGGAGAACUUGAGGAAGGAAGUAAAUAAUUGGAGGGAUCAUGCUGGUAUUAAGAGGAUCGACGAGCCUAAGAGGAGUGUAGCGUUCGGAAUGAUUUCGAGGGGUGAGUUGUUAUUGGACGACACCGCGACCUCGGGGUCAGAGGUUUUGGAAGAGGAGGGACUCGAGGUCGAACACGAUCGUGAAGAGGCAGCAGAACCGGCUCGUCCUGAGCCCAGCCCAUCGCCUCCGGCGGCGGUGCCUUCUCCUCCUUAUCAACAACAGCACGGUCCUCCACGGUAUAUUUAUUCUCGAGAGCAAUUUGAAAGUCCCAAUCCGUGGUUUGGACCCCAGGGUCAUAUCCGUAGCACUAGCUAUUCUCAGAGUCGACAACCCCCCGGGCCCUAUUUGCAGGCUACAAAUCCACCCAAUCCUAUUGCCAAUCCUGGGUGGCCAAAUACGACGACUCAUGGGUUGCAGAGGGAAUGGGGGACUUCAGAGUGGCACCAGCAUCGACCAUAAGUGACCGAGUUGUAUUGAAAUUAGACAAAGGAUUUUGAAUUAUAUAUACACUAAUAGUCUAUCAUACCCGGUACCAUGGAUGAUAAUCUAGUCACCGAACG